GUGUGUGAUGUAUAGAUUGAAACACACCCCAGCAGUGAAAGUCUUCAGGGCUGUGGCUUUAAGAUCACGGACAGAGAGAAGAGCUGAAGAUCAGGAGCAGCCGCACGAGGGAAGAGGGAAAAAAACGAAUAAAAGAUGGCCGCUCAGAACAGGAGUCUGGUGGAUGAUUACUCCAGAUACCUGAAGGCAUUCGAGCUGUUUCUGGAACGCUCGUCUGAACACCAGUGUAUGAGAGACUUCAUCCAUAACACACUUCCAAACAUCCUGGCCACUGUUGGAGUAGGAAAAUCCUCUCUGAAUGUGAUGGGAGUGGGAAGUGGAGCAGGCGAGAUUGAUCUGGAAAUCCUCACCCAGCUGCACACUAAACAUCCUGAGGCCCGAGUGGAGAACGAUGUGGUGGAACCCAGCGGGGACAUGCUGUAUAAAUAUAAAGUUUUAGUGGCGAAGACGCCGGGCCUCGAUCACAUCACCUUCAGGUUUAAUAAGAUGACAGCGUCCGAGUUCGAGAGCGACUGGAAGCAGAGGAACACUGACCGGAAGCUGGACUUCAUCCACAUGAUUCAGAUGCUGUACUACGUGAAAGAUCCCGAGGCGACGGUUUCCUUCUUCAGGAGCUUACUGCACAAAGACGGCAAACUCCUCAUCAUCCUGGUCUCAGGACAGAGCGGCUGGGGCAGGUUAUGGAGAACCUACCGAGCUCAGCUGUGCAAGAGCGACAUCAGUCAGUGCAUCACGAGCGGAGAGGUCAGAAACUUCCUGGACGCUAAAGGAAUCCCCUACCAGAGCCACACUCUCCCGUCUCAGAUGGACAUCACAGAGUGUUUCACAGCUGGAGAUGAGAAAGGAGAGCUGCUGCUGGACUUCCUGACCGAGGUCCUGGAGUUCAGUAAGAACUCUUCUCCGGAGCUGAAAGCCGGAGUGCUGGAGCUCCUCAAACACCCCGAGUGCAGCCGAGAGCUGGACGGCAGGAUUAUAUUCAACAACAACCUGGAGGCCUUAGUGCUCACCCCGUAGAGCUGAAACACCAGCUCACUCUCAAGAGAAGACUUUAUUUCAGUUCCUUCUUUUAGAUUUUAACAUGUUAAAUGUUAAUCUCUGACGUCUGUCGUAAUUGAUUCUAAGACAUUUGCACAAAUAUAGCCUUUGUUUUAGAGUUGCAAGAUAGAAAUAAUAUAAAAAGGCAAUGAUUCUCUAACAAUGUGUUUGUUGACCAGUUAACCGGCUGGACUGUGACUUAUGGCUUAUUGAUUAGAAAGACUGUGACUGUAUGUCUCUGUCUCUGAGCCGAGUGUGAGAUAAGCUUCAGUGUUUUACUCGCGUCUUUUCUUCUUUAUUUUUUAAAGGAUUUAAAAUCUUUUGGCUGCAGAAAUCCUCUCUGAACACCAAACAUUCCCUUUAAUCCCGUAAUCUUUAGUAAACAUGCUACGUGAAUUCUUCCACAUAACAAAACUGUGGUUUCGGCUGUAAUUAACAGUAACCAUGACAACAACAGGCUGACCUCAUGUCUCAACUGCUUCUCCACCAUCGCUUUACAGAUCGGACAGAAACAUCAGGCAUCAUAAAUUUAGCACCAUGUUUGUUCUCUGCUCCUCCUUCUCCACCUCUGUGUCCUUCUUUCCUUCUGCUCUCUCUUUCCUCCACACAGAUCGGACCCCCAGAUCCCACAAUUAUAAGGUGAAGACCUUCAUUAACAUUCCAUAAUGACUCUGAAGGCGGAGCUGCUCCAAAAAUGGGUGGGGCCAGGGAGUUUAGUAUAACUCAGAAACCUAGGGAAUGUCAUUUAAGAGUUAUUUAAUAUGACACCAUUAAUUCAUUCAUUCAUUCGUAGAAUCAAUCUUUUUUUUUCGUUCCUUAUUUUGUAUUCCUGAUUUUUUUUUCUGGGAUUAAAAUUGAGUGCUUGCGUUAAAGGAAGUGGAUUAGACGCUUUUCAAAAGAAAUCUUUUAUCUUCAGAGGUGAGUUAGUCCCACACAGGGGAUUAGAAUAAUCUGAUAGAUCACAUAACUCAGAUCUUUCCCCAGGAAUGGUUUAAUAAGAGAUUUCACACUUCUAGCACUAAUUCAAAGAUUAUUCCCUGGAAUCAGUUACGUUAAAUUCAGCUAAACAUUCUUGUUGUGCUUUAUUAACCCUUUUGCGCCCUCACCUGGCUGGCUGUGGAAGUGCAGGGUCACUGCCCUGGUGAUAUGAAGAAUUUUUUAGGGGGAAAUUAAAAUAAAGCUGUGUGCCGGGUUAUUUUGACUCGUAUCGUCUUUUCGGGAUCCACAGAUUUUUUUUUCUUUUUUUUUUUGUGCUGAAAAAGGAUUUAAAAAUUCUUUGGGCUUCAGCAGUCCUCUCCAGGGCAGCAAAUAUUCCCUUUAAUCCCUUAAUCUUCAGAAAACAUGCUACUCGAAUCCUUACACAUAAUACAAUUGUGGAUAAAAGUAUAAUUAAAAGCAGCAGCAGAAGCAGCAAAAGAACUUUCCAGAAUGAUGACAAGUGUUUUUCUGUUUAAAGGAAAAGUCUGGAACAUCAAGCUGGAAAUCACUUCAUUAAAGAUGAUGCGUUUAAACGAAUGUAUAACGUGGUGUAGAUUUAUGCUUUUAACUCUAUUUUGUAACGUGCCGUAGCAUUUUUUAUUCUAGAAAUUUGAGAUAGAAUGAUGCAGCACACAGUUUAUCUACAUACAAAUUACUUAAAUGGACAAAAGUGAAAACAGAAAUAAAACUGGGUGACAAACCGAUCA